GGUGUCAAGAUGACACGCGGUCUUUUCGUAACACAACACAAAAUCUGCAAAGUCAUGCUGCACUGUUUGUUGUUUACGUAAAAUAAUCCGCGAUGACUUGACAAAUUAAUUAUUUACGUCGUGACUUUGUCAGCACUCUCUCAUAACUCAUUUUUAGCUUCAGAAGUUAGCUGCAAGAUGUCUCCUCCUCAACGAGUAGCAGUGGUCACAGGUAGCAACAAAGGCAUUGGGUUUGCUGCUGUACGAGCGCUAUGCAAGCAACUUGACAAUGGUGUUGUUUACCUCACAUCACGAAAUGAAGAAAGGGGUAAAGAAGCCGUGGCUAAACUCAACAAAGAAGGGCUUAAGCCUCAGUUUCAUCAGUUAGACAUCGACGACCGAACCAGUGUGGAAAGGCUCCGAGACUACUUGAAGAAAACAUACGGAGGUUUGGACAUUCUGAUCAACAAUGCAGGAAUUGCAUUCAAGGCUUCUUCUACUGAACCAUUUGGUAGUCAGGCAACCAUCACCAUGGCAACCAACUACACAGCAACAAUCGACGCUUGCAAAAUCCUAAUUCCUGUGAUUAAACCAGGUGGCAGGGUAGUCAGUGUGGCAAGUUUCACUGGAAAGAUGGCUUUCGAUAAAAUGAGCAAGGAGAACCAAGAUCGAUUGACAGCUACUAAGACGGAGGAAGAUGUCGCACUUCUUAUGAAAGAGUUCGUUGAGGCUGCAAACAAAGGUGACCAUGUAAGCAAAGGCUGGCCUGACUGGGGUUAUGCCAUGACUAAACUUGGAGUUAUUGGUGCGGUGAAAGCACUUGCACAAAAAAACCAAAGUGAGAAUCCUAAAGAUGACAUCCUAAUUAUGGCGUGCUGCCCAGGUUACGUGGAUACAGAUAUGACAAGCAACAAGGGGAAAAAGACACCAGAUGAAGGGGCUGAUACGCCAGUCUACUUGGCCAUGCUACCACCUGGUUCCGCAGGAUUCAAUGGCAACAUGUAUGCAGACAGAGCACUAGUCAAUGUGUGGUAGUCACAGGGAACCAGACUUUGUGUAACAACAAUUAUACCAAAGUCUAGUGUUGUAUUCAAGUCACAGAGUUACAUAUAAGAGGGCGCACUGGCCUAUAUACUCGACCCGGCAUGCGCGCAUCUGGCCAUUUUGCAAGUUGACGAAACAGCAUCGCAUAGCGUGUAUUUAUCAAUAUACACAGCGUGUAUUUCACAUUCAGCGCAAGUCAGAGUUCAUUUUACAAAAUGGCGCCAUGUCUCCUUGCGGUCCCGGCACGUUUGUGCAUGUAGCAUCACCAGUACGUGCUCUAGUUCUUAUAUAUAUAUCUAUGAUUCAAAGACUGUUAGUCUAGUGACAGGGACCCUACUAUUUGUAAAAACAGUAAUACCAAAGUCUAGUUUGGUAUUCAAGUACUUUUAGUUGAGUUUCAGGGACCCUACUAUUUGUAAUAACAGUUAUACCGAAUGCUAGUGUUGUAUUCAAGUAUUUUUAGUUGAGCUACAGGACCUAUACAAUUUGUAAUAAUAAUUAUACCAAAGUCUAGUUUGGUAUUCAAGUACUUUUUAGUUGAGUUACAAGGACCUUUUACCAUUUGUAAUGACAGUUAUACCAAAGUCCAGUGUGUUGUACUCACAACUUGACUUGGUGUGAUGCUUCAAUCGCUCCCACAAAUCCACAACAGAAUAAUCGAUACUCGGGGGUUUGCUUAUAUCCAUUUCUAUCCCUACAACACAACGGUAUUUAUUGUGCAAAUAUAAAAUUAUCACACAAGCGCGAUUUUUUCGUAUUUCCACGAGUGCGCGUGUGAUAACGUAUUUAUCUUCAAGCAAACUUUU